AAUGUUAUGGACAUUGGCUUAGCGAACGAAAAGGCCGGUCAGGAACUGUCCUCUUAUUCGGGGACUUUUCAACCCGCCCCGGGCAACAAGACUGUCACCUACCUGGGGAAAUUCGCUUUCGACUCGCCCUCCAACUGGUGCCAGGACAACAUCAUCAGCCUGAUGAGCGCGGGCAUCCUGGGGGUACCGCCGUCCUCGGGCGCGCUCACCAGCACGCAGAGCUCAGCGGGCAGCAUGGGGCCGCCGCAGGGCGAGGUGGACCAGAUGUACCCCGCGCUGCCGCCCUACUCCUCCUGCAGUGACCUCUACCCGGAGCCCGUCUCCUUCCACGACCCCCAGAGCAACCCCGGCCUCACCUACUCCCCCCAGGAUUACCAGGCGGCCAAGCCCGCCUUGGACAGCAACCUCUUCCCCAUGAUCCCAGACUAUAACCUCUACCACCACCCCAACGACAUGGGCACCAUCACGGAGCACAAACCCUUCCAGAGCUUGGACCCCAUCCGCGUCAACCCGCCCCCCAUCACCCCGCUGGAGACCAUCAAGGCCUUCAAGGACAAGCAGAUCCACCCGGGUUUCGGGGGGCUGCCGCAGCCGCCCCUCACCCUCAAGCCCAUCCGACCUCGCAAGUAUCCCAACCGGCCCAGCAAGACGCCGCUCCACGAGCGGCCCCACGCCUGCCCCGCCGAGGGUUGCGACCGUCGCUUCUCCCGCUCCGACGAGCUCACCCGCCACCUCCGCAUCCACACGGGCCACAAGCCCUUCCAGUGCCGCAUCUGCAUGCGGAGCUUCAGCCGCAGCGACCACCUCACCACCCACAUCCGCACCCACACCGGCGAGAAACCCUUCGCCUGCGAGUUCUGCGGCCGCAAGUUCGCCCGCUCCGACGAGCGCAAGCGGCACGCCAAGAUCCACCUCAAGCAGAAGGAGAAGAAGGCCGAGAAGGGUUCGGCCGGGCAGCCCCCCGCCGCGCCCCCCGCGCCCCCCGUCGCCCUCGCCCCCGCUGUCACCACGUGCGCUUGA